AUGUCUGUCCUAGUCUCGCCAUCUGGCCAGUUGGAUGCUGCCAGCCUGGCAGAUAUUCAAGUAGAUCAAGACGACACACUUGCCGUCGUUUGCGCCCUUGCUGCGUAUGGGCUGCAGAAGAGUUCCUUACUCGAUGCUGUCUUUGGAACCUCAUUUGCAUCCUCCGAAUCCCACCUUGGAGUUUCAGCUGCUGUCGUGGAGGGAGAAGAUUCCGCUGUCCUCGCCGCGCCACAUAACCACGUCGUUGUUCUUGACGUGGAGCCGUACGAUGGGCCGGACCGUUCUCGCGAAGAACUUCGUGAACGAGCUGCUCAUCUCUCUGUGGCUCUUGCCGAUGUCAUCUUCUUCGUCGUUCGAAUGAAUGAGAUUCAUCGCCCUGAUGUCAACGGUGUCUCUGCACUUCGGUCGAGCUUGACCGAAAUGCUUAUGAUGCAAGACGAUGGCAUCAUAAAGCAACCAAAUAAGGACAAGAGAUCUUUCAUCGUCGUCGUUAAAGAUUACGAGUCAGAGGUCCUUACUAGACAGGAAAUUAUUACUGGGUUUUUGCAGUCAAUACAUGAGCUCUACGCCUCACUAGUCAAGCCAUCCCGCUGUCCGCAGCGCGUUACCGAGUUGUUCGAGUUUGAAUUCAGGUUACUUCCCUCCGACAAAUUUCAGGCGGAGGAGUUUGAAAAUGGUCUUGCUGACAUGCGCUCCGAUUUUUUGGACCCGGCGGCCGACAACUACCUAUUUGAACAAUCCGCUUUUACCCGAGAUGUCAAUGUAUCCCUUGAAGAUUGCGCGAAGGGUGCUUGGGAAAAGCUUUUCAAAGAACAGGCCACAGACAUGCCAAAUAGCGUGGAGCUUAUGUCCACAUUUGACUGCGGUAACGUUAUGCGAAAGGUUUUCGAGAAAUAUCAAAGAGGGGCUAGAUUGUGGAGACGUGAGACGGAUGGUGGCGUCAUUGUUGAGAAUUUUGGCUCAGCAGCCUCGAAGAUGGUGGAGGGCACUGUUGGUGUUUACGAUCAGGACGCUGCUUCGCACAAAGGAUCCAAGGCAUUUAAGAGAAAGCGGGACGAGUUGAAAGGUCUGCUUGAUGCCGAUUUGUACGGAUUGUUUGUUACUCAGAUUGGGAAGCUUCGCGAAAUUACCUAUCGUCUUUUCAAGGACAAACUUGAUGGAAUUGGUGAUGACGAGGCCCGUCUUGAGAAGGCCGUCAACAGCACUCUGAAAGAAUCUCAGAAGUACUUCCAAGUCAACGCUGAGUUGCUGCGGCCUAAGAACACGUCAUGGCGAUUUGACAACGACACGAAAGAACUGUCCCAGCAGAUGCGGGAGGAUGCCACCGAGCGGCUGCAGAGGGCCAGGUUGGCUGAUUAUCAGCAGAACAAUGGCAGAAGGGGUCGCCGGCGUAGGCCGGGGUUGGGGCCAGGCGAGAAGUCUCGUCAACCAAUUCAAGUCUCCUUCCACUAUCUUGACCCCGCGCCGUUUGGAUGGAAAGAUUCCAAGUUUGAAAAACUAAGCGUUGACGAUAACCUCGAGUACAGCAGCAAUGCGCCAGCGCUAGGCGUUGGAGGAGGCUCAGGAACGAGCAGUGGUGGCCUGUCGGUGCCUAUUAUGCCCAGUAGGGGUUCUUCGUGGUAUCAAAAGAAUCAGGACUUCAUUUACUCGGAGAAGAAGUGAGGCUGCCGCAGGGCAGAGUCUGUAAAUUUUGAAGCCCUUUUCAUCUGAAUAAAGAAGAGAAUCUGAUUUU